AUGAUCAGCAAAAUCCAGUCCAUCGUUGCCAGCGCCGCCCUCUUGGGCGUCGCCAGCGGCCACAUGAUCAUGAACACACCUACGCCAUACAACCUCCACCACAGCACCCCCCUCGUCCAGGUCAGCCCCCUCGGGCCAGGCCUUCCCUUCCCCUGCCAAGGGAACCAGGACAUCGAGCAGGUGACCACCAUCACAGCGGGCGCGACCCAGCUGGUGAACUUCACCGGCGGUGCCCAGCACGGCGGCGGCUCGUGCCAGUUUUCUCUGACGUACGAGUACCCGCCGCCAGCCGACAAGUCCAAGUGGAAGACCAUCUACACACUGAUCGGCGGGUGCCCAGUCUCCGCGGCAGGAAACCUGCCAACAGCUGGCACUGACGCUGACGGGCGCGCCGACUCGGUGCACUGCGGAAACGACUCUGGCACUGAGUGCAUCCGGCAGUUCGAGAUCCCCAUCCCCAAGGGCGUGCCUAGCGGAAAUGCUACGUUUGCGUGGACCUGGUACAACAAGAUCGGAAAUCGUGAGCUGUACAUGAACUGCGCACCUGUUAGCAUCACGGGCGGCGCGAGCGACACGACCUUCUUCGACGCGCUGCCGCAGAUGUUCGUGGCCAACAUCCCCGGCGAGUGCACGACCAACAACGGCGUGCUCAACAUCCCCAACCCCGGCAGCUUUGGCAAGAUCCUCGAGCAGCCCGCCCCCGACAGCGAGGGCACCUGCGAGAAGGCCGCCGGCAUCCCCACCUUUGACGGUGCCCCUGGCAGUGGCAGUGCGCCCCCUCCUUCCCCUCCCGCCACCACCUCGGGCAGCGACACCACGCCUCCCGCGGCCACUGCCACUGCCACUGCCACUGCCACUGCCACUGCCACCCCGCUGCCUCCCACUGCCACUGAGACGCCCGCGGGCGGCUCUGGGUCCUGCUCCCCCGACGGCGCCAUCGUGUGCCUCGAGCCCGGCUUCUUCGGCAUCUGCGACCACGGCUUCGCCGUCAAGCAGGCCCUGGCCCCCGGCACCACGUGCGCCGGCGGCCAGAUCUCGCGCCGCAGCGUGCGCUUCUUCCGCGCCUAG